GAAUUCCGACGGAGAUUCCGACGGACGACACAGCCGUCGGACAAUUUGGACGGAAUUCUGACCGAUUUCCGACGAAAACAAAAAAUCUGAAGUCGUCGGAAUUCCGUCGGCUAAUUCCGACGAAUUUCCGAGAAAACAAGGGUCGUCGGAAUAUUCCGACGACUUUUCGACGAUAUUCCGAUAAACAAUAUAACCGUUGUAGUCGUCGAAAAGUCGUCGGAAUAUUCCGUCAAAUUUCCGACGAUAUGCCGAUGAAAAGAUAUAACCGUUACGGUCGUCGGUAUUCCGUCGGUAUUUUCCGACGAAUUUCCGACGAACCAAGUGACCGUUGCCGACAAAUAAAUAUGACCGUUUUAUAGCCGUUCGAGACUGGAAAAUACUGACGGAAUUCCGACGGAAUGCUUUAUAUCUGUCGGUAUUCCGUCGGAAAGUCGUCGGAUGUCCGUAAGCAAUUUCCUAUAAAUGCAACCCCUCCUCAUUCAUCUCAUUCACACCUCAUUCUCUCUUCUUUCUCUUUAGUCAUAACAAUUCCGUGAAAAUCAUGUCUUCAGGAGCUUAUUAUCGUUCGUGGAUGGAUAAACCUCAUUUGGAUCCCAACACUAAUUUGCUUACGGAAGAAUACGUUCAAGGAAUUGGAGAAUUCAUGAGGCUUGUUCAACAGCAACCGGAUGCAAAAAGUGGUAUGUUAAGAUGUCCCUGCUCUACUUGCAAUAAUAAUAAGGUUAUAAAAGAAUUUGAUGUUUGGACUCAUUUGUAUAUGAAAGGGUUUUCACGUAAUUAUAAAGUUUGGUACCUUCAUGGGGAAACUGGUUAUGAAUAUGGUAGUACUAGCGAACCUCAGCCUGUUAGUGAACUUCAGCCUGAUAUUAGGUUAGAAGAACCUAGAACGGAUAUAGAUUAUGGUGUAGGUACUGAGCAGAUGGUACAUGAUCAUUAUAGAGGGGAAGAACCAAAUCCCGAAUCUAGGAGAUUUUUUGAUAUGUUAGAUGCAGGAAAACAACCUUUGUAUCAAAAUUGUAGAGAUGGUCAUUCAGUCUUAUCAUCUGCAACUAGAUUAAUGGGUAUUAAGACAGACUAUAAUUUGGCUGAAGAAUGCAUGGAUGCGAUUACUGAUUUUGUCAAAGGUAUUCUACCUGAGGAUAACCUUGCACCGGGUUCAUACUACGAGGUUCAGAAACUUGUAGCCGGUCUUCAACUACCGUACGAAGUGAUAGAUGUAUGUAUUGACAACUGCAUGAUCUACUGGAGAGCGGAUGAGACACGAAAUGUAUGCAAAUUUUGUGGGAAACCUCGUUAUCAGGAGACGAGGGGAAGAGUUCCGAUCCCGUUCAAAAGAAUGUGGUAUUUGCCUUUGACGGAAAGAUUGAAGAGGUUGUAUCAGUGUGAGCGCACAGCAAAAGCAAUGAGAUGGCAUGCAGAGCAUUCCACAAAUGGUGAGAUUAGACAUCCUUCAGAUGCGAAGGCUUGGAAACAUUUCCAGUCAACAUAUCCAGAAUUUGCGGAAGAGAGAAGAAAUGUUUAUCUUGGAUUAUCUACUGAUGGUUUCAGCCCGUUUGGAAAGCAUGGAAGACAGUAUUCUCUAUGGCCAGUUAUCGUGACCCCGUACAACUUACCGCCGAGCUUGUGCAUGCGACGAGAGUUUUUGUUUCUCUCAAUUCUCGUCCCCGGUCCAGAUCAUCCUAAAAGAUCACUAGAUGUGUUUCUUCAACCACUGAUAUAUGAGUUGCAACAACUAUGGGCGCAUGGUUUUGAGACAUACGAUGUUUCGUGCAAAGAAAACUUUCAGAUGCGGGCAGUACUUAUGUGGACAAUAAGUGACUUUCCAGCAUAUGGUAUGUUAUCUGGAUGGACAACACAUGGGAGGCUAUCAUGUCCAUAUUGUCAAGAUGACACCGAUGCUUUCCAACUAAAGAACGGAAGGAAAACGUGUUGGUUUGACUGUCACAGACGAUUUCUUCCACCUGAUCAUCCAUACCGCAGGAGUAAGACUUCGUUUACGAAGAACAAGCAGGUGUUUGAUGGUCCACCUGAGGAAGUUAGUGGGGAAAAUUUGUUGAAGCAGUUUAGGGAUUUUGAUGCAGAAAGGACGCCAGAUGUAGGUGGACAUGAAAACAUUCGAGUCAGUGCGGUUGGAGAGCUACAUAACUGGCACAAAAAGAGUAUUUUCUGGGAUCUGCCAUAUUGGAAGACUCAUCUAUUGCGGCAUAAUUUAGAUGUCAUGCAUAUUGAGAAGAACUUCUUCGACAAUCUGAUGAACACAGUCCUUAACAUCCAAGGUAAAACGAAGGAUAAUUUGAAGUCAAGGUUGGAUUUAGUCGAUAUCUGUGAUCGUUCUGAACUUCACGUUGAUGAGAACGGUACGGCCCCUUUUCCCAUUUAUCGGCUGGAUGGUGCUAGAAAAGAAGAGUUCUUUGAUUGGAUUACAGAUAAAGUGAAAUUUCCUGACGGAUAUGCAUCAAAUUUGGGGAACUGCGUUGAUAGAAGCGAAGGAAAGUUUAGUGGCUUGAAGAGUCAUGAUUGUCAUGUAAUUAUGCAGCGCCUCCUCCCGUUUGCUUUUUCAGCAUUAUUGCCACGUAAUGUUCAUGAAGCAAUUGCAGGGAUAAGUGUUUUCUUCCGCGACUUAUGCAGCAGAGUAGUGACUGAAGAGGGUAUUAAUAAUUUGAAGACAAACGCACCAGUCAGCAUGUGCAACCUUGAGAAGAUAUUUCCUCCAUCAUUCUUUGAUGUAAUGGAACAUCUUGCUAUUCAUCUCGCAAGAGAAUUGGAACUUGGUGGUCCUGUGCAGUACAGAUGGAUGUAUAUUUUUGAGCGUUAUAUGCAUCAUCUGAAGAAGAUGGUCAAAAAUCAAAGCAGGGUGGAAGGAUCUAUAGUGGCACAGGUGAUCAAUGAAAAUUAUUUUGUGUUCGAUGAUUGGAUACGCGAAUUUGUGCAGGGACCAAACUAUGUGGUCAAAUCAUAUCCAAAAUUUUGUACGCGAGGAUAUGCAUUCACAAGGAAAGGUCAUUCUAAGACAACAUAUGAUGCUGGUGUUUCAUCUUCUUCCGGUGACGAUGUCUACUACGGCAACAUAAAAGAAAUAUUGGAAAUCCAAUUUCCUGGAAUGGUUGGAUUGCGUUGUGUAGUAUUCUAUUGUGAUUGGUAUGACACCACCCCAGAUAGAGGAGUGAAGAUUGAUGCGUUUGGUGUUACAUCAGUUCAUUCGCGGCGGAAACUUCAAUACUAUGAUCCCUUCAUUCUUGGUUCGCAAGCUGAUCAGGUAUGUUACAUCAGUUACCCUCGGGUGACGUACAGAGAUGAUCCAUGGGUCACUGUAACGCAAAUCAACCCAAGAGGACGAGUGGAUGGAACUUCUGAUGAUGAUGAACCAUUGCAACCAGAGUCUACCAGCAACGCCCAGGCAGUUGAAGAUUUGGCAAAUGUUGAACUCGUUGAGGAUUUGACUGAGUUUGGACUUGAUGCUGUUGUACAUUCGGAACCAGAAGCUGAGGUUGGGGAGUUUGAUGAAGAUUCAGAAGAUUCGGAUUAGUUUUUUUUUUUUUUUUUUUCCAUUUGGUCCGUCGGAAAUCCAUCGCAAAAUACCGACGAGAUAGCGACGAUAACGAGUUUCAUGAAAGUCUGGAGAUGUCCUCGGUAAUUCGUCGCAAUAUACCGACGACAUUACGACGAACUCUGUUAGUUCGUCGGGAUGUCGUCGGUAUAUUGCGACGAAUUACCGAGGACAUGUGUUUUUAAAACAUUUCCAACAUAAAAAUCUAUAAAUUUAUAUGCCAAAACUAUGAAAAUAAUACAUAAUAAGUGUUUAGUAUAGUAUUAGAUCGCAACCGUUCAAAUAUAACAAUU